AUUAUGGAACCAUGGAUGAAAUGAGCAAUUCUUUUUUUUUUAAUGACUGAUUACUUCCGGUUCACACCGUCAAACUUUUACUUGUCUGUUAUUUUUACUUGAGCUCUUAAUAAGGUCAAUUGUUUUUUAAUUCAGGUGGUGGGUUUUGAUAUUGUAGAUGAUGAAAGUAAACCAGAAAGGCGCCCAACUAAGCACAUGCCAACACCAGCUGAAUGGACCAAUGAGUUCAAUCCUGCAUUUUCCUAUUACGCUUAUUACUGCUACGCAAACUUGUAUAUUCUAAACAAGCUUCGUGAGUCAAAAGGAAUGCCAACAAUAAAAUUUCGGCCCCACUGUGGAGAGGCAGGUGAUAUUGACCAUUUGGCUGCCACAACAAUAUUCCUUUUAUGCCACAAUAAUAUUUCUCAUGGGAUUAACCUGCAGAAAUCUCCAGUUUUGCAGUGUUUUUAUUACCUUGCACAGUCCUAA